AUGGCAUCUGAGAGCAUUGGAUUGGAUGAUAUUGUGACAACCCUAAUGUCAAUGGGAUUUGAGUUUAAUGAUUGCCAGGAAGCAAUUAUCAAUGGCAAACUUACAGUUCAAGCAGCCAUUGAUUGGUUGUUGUCUGGCAAGCCAGGAAAUGUUGUAGAUUCUCAGCCUUCAUUAAAACUCAAUAAGUCCCAGACUUCUGGACAACUCCAGGGCAGCACCAGUAAUCCAUUUGUUCCAGAAAAUGUGACAGCUUUAAGAGGCAGCUCAUCCUCUGAGAUUUUGUCUUCCUCAAGCAUUAUGGGAGUGGAUGUUGGUGAUGACACAGUUGUGAGCCGGUCACACCUUUCUGAGAAGCAGCAGCAGAUCAAGUCAAGUUUUGAAGAAAAAGAAAGGCAAGAGGCAAGACGUCAAGUUAAUGAAGAAAAGCGCCAGAGGAAAUUGGAGCGGGAAAGAAUAUUGAAAGAAAUCCAGGAAGAUAGAGAAAAGGUUCGGUUAACUAAACAUUUAAAAACAGAGCCAAGUCCACAAUCCCAGCCGCAAGCCAGCACAUCUCCAGAUCAGCAACCAGAUGUUGCAGGCUCGUCGUCACAGAGCCCAGAGGACAUUAAUGAUAGUACUACUGCAAUUCAGGUGCGUCUUCCCUCUGGCCGAAUCUAUCGUCACAACUUUCCAGUAACAGCCACAUUAAACAAUGUAUGGGAUGCAGUGUAUGAUCAACUUCAGACAGCCAUGCUUGCUCAUUCUGGCUUCAUUCAGCCAUUUCCUAGGCGGGAAUUAACAAAAGAAGAAAUGCAGAAGACUUUGCAUGAGCUUGGUCUUGUGCCUUCUGGUUCCUUGGUGCUAAAGAAGAAAGUAGCUGAUCAGGCUGCUGUGUCAGAACCAACACAGCCCGCAGCUGUGAUGAAUGCUCUUGAUGAUGCUGAGAGAGACAGGCAAGAGGAAGAUAAUGAGGAGGGUUGGGAUGAGGAGGCUUCCGAUCAAGUUGAGCAUCAGUGGGGAAGAGGGUUCAGAGUUGAAGGCCAAGAUGGUCAUGAGGAACAGCAAAUGGGGAUGGAUGUUGAUGAACCUGGUGAUGAGAACGGAAUAGGUGGCCUCUUUGAGCAGAUUGCAGGACUUGGUCAGCAUCCUUUUCUGGCACCACAGCAAGUGUUCCGCGGGUUUGGGCAGAGGCUGGUGCCUGCUGGGGUUCCAGGGGACAACGAUACACAUUUAAGAAGAGGGGCUGCUGCUAUGGCAGCUGAAGCGGCUGCACAAAGAUUUGCCAAUCCUCAGCCUCCAGCAAAUCCAGAUCCUAAGCCCUCCCAAAGUGAAAUCAUUUACACAGUCCGCAGUCUUCAAGAUCUGGCUAUGUUUGCCCUGGCUCGAAGGCUGACAGAUCCAAGAAACCCUAUUUACUCAAUGGCAGGUUUGCCAGAGGAGCUGUUACAGAAAUUUCUUGCCUAUCUCAUGAAAGAAAGGCUUCUGAAACCUAAAAUCUUGCACCUGAUUCCAAGUUAUCUAAACAGAUUGACUCUUGACUACUACCUGUACACAACAAAUGAAUUGCUUCAUUCAGCAAGAAUAUUUGUCCACUUGCAGUCUUUAAGCCUUGUCUCGUGUUCAUUGAUAACAGAUAGCGGCCUGAAUGCUGUGAGAGGUAUGAAAUCUCUCAAAUCCCUGAACUUGAGUGGCUGCAGUCAGAUUACAAACUCCUGUUUUUCUUUGUUGUCAGAGCUACCAAACCUACAGAGCCUGAGCUUGGAAGGUACCAGUGUCACAGAUCCAAGUGUUAUUCAGUUUGCUGAGUCUGGGAGUUGUCCCCAUCUGCAGCAUUUAGACCUGAGUCGGACACCGGUCACUCAUGAGAUCUUCAUGCAUUUACAAAAAUUUACAAAGUUGAGAUCGCUGUAUUUAAAACAGUGUAAGAUUUCCAGCUUGGUUGGCUUAGAUGGUGUUGUCACACUGGAAAAUUUAGACAUCUCUGAUACUAAUAUAGUAACAGACUCUGUCUUAUGCCUCACUCGACUUCCAAACCUGCGGCAAAUAAGCCUCACAGGAACCCAGGAGGUGCAUGGGGACAAAGCCCUGUAUUAUCUCAAAGAUAUGAAACUGACAUCAUUGCUGUUGCCAAGCAGAAGCACAACCACUGAUAUUGGCAUGGCUUUUAUCUCAGGUUUUCUCUUGACAAGCCUGGAUCUCACAAACUACACAAAUAUCACAGAUGCUGGGAUGGUUCACAUUGGGAAGAUUGUGAGUUUGAAGAAAUUGCUGCUGUCCAACACAAAAGUGUCUGAUGAAGGUGUACAAUAUUUGACAGGUCUUGUAAAUUUAGAGGUCUUUUUUGUUGACAGAACAUUUUUAUCAAAUGCUGGAGCAGCAGUAAUUAGCAAUUUCAAAAAUUUGAAUGAGCUGAGUUUGUCAGAAACAAGUGUCACAGGUGACUUCCUGAAACAAGGAAUACUGAACAGUUGUAUCAAUCUGACAAAACUCAACAUGAGCAAAACAAUUAUUGGGGAUAAAGGAAUUGCUUUCUUGAAAAUGCCCAACCUUCAGUAUUUGAACCUUGAUUGCACACAUGUUCAUCCACACAUGCUCAGUGUCAUUGAGAAGAAUUGCCCACAGUUGAAGAAAGUGACAAUUGUGACCCUGUCUUCAGUCAUGGAGGUUGAAGAGAACUAA